AAGUAAAGCAUGCACCAGUACACGGGGAGAAACAGUGAGCAGACUUGGGUACCUCACUGCUGCUACUCAGUUAAUUACUACAAGAUCAUUUUUUUCCUUCAUGUUCUUCCUUUCAAAAACAAGGCACAUCUUUUAUUCCAGGGCAUGUUGUAUACAAUAAAAUACAGUGCGUCCAUUGUCCUCAACUUUCUCUGGUGCUUUGGAAAAGGAAUUUGCUGGGUCUAUACAUUACUGUAGGUCUACCUUACACAAAUUCUUCCUUUUUGCUGAGUUCUAGGGGCAGAUAUUGCCCUUUUCUAGCCCUAGUAUGCUCAAAGGUGGUAGCUGGCUGUGAAAUAUUUCCUCUUACUACUCAGAAAUGUUAGGAACAUGAAUAUUGUAUGUAGUGCAGCUGCUUCUUAACAAUUCAUGCCUCCAUCUUGGCAAUAAGGUUAAGAUGCUUCACAAGGACUUUGGACAGAAUUCGGGUUUGUCAUGAGAUUGGGCAAGUCAUUAGCUCUGCUUUAAUUAUGUACUCUUUGAAGAAGGAGUAAAACAGGGUUGUUGAGAAUAAACCAAGUGCUUUGAUAUUUGCAGAGUUAGAAGCCAUAAAAGUGUGUUUAUUUAUAAUUCAUUUGAGGUUUUAAUAUAGGAUAUUAUUAACUUUCAGCUUUUAGUAUAGGAAUGUAUCUCCUCUGGAGGUUUGUUUAUUAUACAGGAGUCAAAUAUGCCAAUUUUUGUUCUACAUCUGUAAAUCAAGAACAAGAAAAACAAAUGGAAUCUGAGGCGGUUAGGAAAAUGCAUGAUGUAUGCUCUUGUUUUUUCAGUCAUAUCUACCAGUAAUCUGUUUCUUUUGCAGAACCCUGUGAUAACAUGAGGGAGAUACUCCAGAAUGUGGCCAAAUUGCAAGGUGUUUCAAAUAUGAGAAAACUAGGCCACUUGAAUAAUUUUACUAAGCUUCUUUGUAAUACUGGGCAUGCUGAAGAAAAAUUAGGCUUUACCUAUGACAGCAUCAUAAUAUGUUUGCGGCUAGCUUUACUAAAUGAAGCAAAAGAGGUGCGAGCAGCAGGGUUGCGAGCCCUCCGCUAUCUCAUCCGGGACUCCAGUAUUCUACAGAAGGUGCUAAAAUUGAAAGUGGAUUACUUGAUAGCCAGGUGCAUUGACAUUCAACAGAGUAAUGAAGUAGAGAGAACGCAAGCACUUCGUUUAGUCAGAAAGAUGAUCACUGUGAAUGCUUCCUUGUUCCCUAGCUCCAUAACUAAUUCCUUGAUAGCAGUUGGAAAUGAUGGCCUUCAGGAACGAGACAGAAUGGUUCGAGCUUGUAUUGCCAUUAUUUGUGAACUAGCACUUCAGAAUCCAGAGGUAGUGGCUCUUAGGGGAGGCCUAAGUACCAUCCUGAAAAAUGUGAUUGACUGUCAGUUAAGUCGAAUAAAUGAGGCUCUCAUAACUACAGUUUUACACCUCAUUAAUCAUCCAAAGACACGACAGUAUGUGCGAGCAGAUGUAGAAUUAGAGCGAAUUUUAGCUCCGUACACAGAUUUCCACUACAGGCACAAUCCAGACACAGCAGAAGGACAGCUCAAAGAAGACAGAGAAGCACGGUUCCUAGCUAGUAAAAUGGGAAUAGUGGCAACGUUUCGAUCGUGGGCUGGUAUUAUCAGUUUAUGCAAGCCUGGGAACUCUGGAAUCCAGUCUCUCAUUGGGGUACUUUGUAUACCAAAUAUGGAAAUACGGCGAGGUCUGCUUGAGGUUCUUUAUGAUAUAUUUCGCCUUCCUCUUCCUGUCGUGACAGAAGAAUUCAUUGAAGCACUUCUCAGUGUAGAUCCAAGUCGGUUUCAGGAUUGUUGGAGACUUUCUGAUGGUUUUGUAGCAGCUGAAGCUAAAACUAUAUUACCCCAUCGAGCCAGAUCAAGACCUGACCUCAUGGAUAAUUAUUUGGCUUUGGUGCUUUCUGCUUUCAUUACCAAUGGACUUUUAGAAGGCCUAGUUGAGGUAAUUACAAGCAGUGAUGACCAUGUGUCUGUCAGAGCAACUAUCCUAUUAGGAGAACUUUUGCACAUGGCAAACACAAUUCUUCCUCAUUCACAUAGCCAUCACUUACAUUGUUUACCAACGCUAAUGAAUAUGGCAGCAUCUUUUGACAUCAUGAAGGAGAAAAGACUACGAGCCAGUGCAGCACUCAAUUGCUUAAAACGGUUUCAUGAGAUGAAGAAACGAGGACCUAAGCCUUACAGCCUCCACUUAGAUCAUAUUAUUCAGAAAGCAAUCUCAACACACCAAAAAAGGGAUCAGUGCCGUGUGCAGAAAGAUAUCUUUGUUUUAAAGGAUACAGAGGAAGCGCUUGUAAUGAACCUUCGAGAUAGCCAAGUUCUUAAUCAUAAAGAGAACCUUGAAUGGAAUUGGAAUCUGAUAGGGACCAUAUUGAAGUGGCCAAAUGUAAAUCUAAGGAACUAUAAAGAUGAACAGUUGCACAGGUUUGUACGACGACUGCUGUAUUUUUACAAGCCUAGCAGUAAAUUGUAUGCCAACCUGGAUCUGGAUUAUGGCAAGGCCAAGCAGCUCACUGUCGUGGGUUGCCAGUUUACUGAAUUUCUCCUUGAAUCUGAAGAGGAUGGACAAGGCUAUUUGGAGGAAUUGGUAAAAGAUAUUGUACAGUGGCUCAAUUCUUCCUCUGGAAUGAAACCGGAACGCAGCCUUCAAAACAAUGGGCUGUUGAAUACACUUAGUCAGCACUACUUUCUUUUUUUUGGUACACUUUCAUGUCACCCUCAUGGCGUAAAAAUGCUUGAAAAAUGCAACGUGUUCCAGUGUCUUCUUAAUCUCUGUUCUUUGAAGAACCAGGAUCAUUUACUAAAACUGACCGUGUCUAGUUUGGAUUACAGCAGAGAUGGGUUAGCAAGAGUCAUCCUUUCCAAAAUCCUAACUGCUGCUACUGAUAGCUGCAGAUUGUAUGCAACAAAACAUUUACGAGUAUUGUUAAGAGCCAACGUAGAGUUCUUCAGUAAUUGGGGGAUUGAAUUACUGGUGACCCAGCUGCAUGAUAAAAAUAAAACCAUUUCUUCUGAAGCACUUGAUAUCCUAGAUGAGGCAUGUGAAGAUAAGGCCAAUCUUCAUGCCCUUAUCCAAAUGAAACCAGCUCUCUCCCAUCUUGGAGACAAGGGUUUACUUCUCCUUUUAAGAUUUCUGUCCAUUCCAAAGGGGUUUUCCUAUCUAAAUGAAAGAGGCUAUGUAACAAAACAAAUGGAGAAAUGGCAAAAGGAGUACAAUUUAAAAUAUGUUGAAUUGAUCGAAGAGCAACUUAAUGAAGCACUUACCACUUACCGUAAACCUAUUGAUGGUGAUAAUUAUGUUCGUCGGAGCAACCAAAGAUUACAGCGGCCACAUGUCUACCUGCCAGUUCACCUUUAUGGCCAACUGGUGCAUCACAAAACAGGCUGUCAUUUGUUGGAAGUUCAGAGUGUUGUCCCAGACCUAAGUUACACUGUUCGUUCACCCAUGUUGGAUAAGUGGGAAGGAAUUAAGCAGCUGAAAGCAGCCCUUUGGGCUUUGGGCAAUAUUGGAUCAUCAAAUUGGGGUCUUAAUUUGCUUCAAGAGGAGAAUGUGAUUCCUGAUAUAAUGGCACUUGCACAGCAUUGUGAGGUUCUGUCCAUUAGGGGAACCUGUCUCUACGUGCUUGGCCUUAUAGCUAAAACUAAACAAGGUUGUGACAUUUUAAAGCAUCACAACUGGGAUGCAGUGAGACACAGUCGUAGACAACCUUGGCCAGUAGUCCCUGAUGACAUGGAGCAGCUCUGCAAUGAACUCUCUUCUAUACCCAGCACUCUUAGCUUGAACUCUGAGUCCACCAGUUCUAGGCAUAACAGUGAAAGUGAAUCUGCACCCUCAAGUAUGUUCAUCAUGGAGGAUGACCGGUUUGGCAGUACUUCCACUAGCACAUUUUUUCUAGACAUUACAGAGGAUGCAGAACAAACUUUUUAUGACAAACCUGGACCUUUAAAGGAUAACAAUCGUAGUCCUUUUCCCUUUUUUGCAUCGAGCAAGUUUGUGAAGAACCGCAUCUUAAAUUCACUUACCCUGCCUAAUAAAAAACACAGAAGUAGCAGUGAUCCCAAAGUGUGCAAACUGGCAUCAUCUGACAGUAAAUCAGGCUUGAGAAGAAAUCGUACAGUAACAGAACCUUCUAGUAGCAUGGACUUCACUUCUGGGGAUGUUUUCAGAGUUCCUAAAAUCCAAACUGUACGCUUAGAAACUUCUUUUGUUGGGAGCAAGCACAUGGAAGAUGCAGGUAGUACCCCAAGUAUUGGAGAAAAUGAUCUGAAGCUUCCAAAAGGUCUUGGAAAUGAAAAUCACAGGGAAAACACAAGCAGAGAGAGAUUAAUAGGAGAUGGUUCAACACAAACACACUUCAAGAGUCGUAGCUUAAGUUUUAAUACAGAUACCACAACAAGUGGCAUAAGCUCAAUGAGCUCAAGUCCUUCAAGGGAGACUGUGGGUGUGGACACUACAAACGUAGACACUGACUAUGGAAGUUUGAGUACUGUGGUAAGUACAAAAACAGUUAAAACAAGUCACUGUUCAACACCACAGUCUAACCACCUGCCUCUUUCAAAAUCAAACUCUGUAUCCCUGGUACCACCAGGAUUUUCUCACACCCUUCCUCGAAGAGCUCAAUCCCUUAAAGCUCCUUCCCUUGCUACAAUAAAAAGUCUUGCUGACUAUAACUUUAGCUACACAAGUUCUCGAGAUGCCUUUGGCUAUGCCACACUGAAACGCUUACAGCAACAGAGGAUGCACCCCUCGCUGUCCCAUUCAGAAGCCCUAGCAUCUCCAGCAAAGGAUGUGCUAUUCACUGACACUAUUACCAUGAAGUCUGGCAGCUUGGAUUCUCGGCUAACCCCAAGCAGGUUCAUGAAAGCUUUAAGUUAUGCUUCACUAGAUAAAGAAGAUUUAUUGAGUCCUAUUAACCAAAACACACUGCAGCGUUCCUCUUCUGUUCGCUCCAUGGUAUCUAAUGCUACAUAUGGUAGCUCUGAUGAUUACAUUGGGCUUGCUCUCCCAGUGGAUAUCAAUGAAAUAUUUCAGGUAAAAGAAACUCCUUAUUUCCAAAAGAAAACCAUGCCUCCGCUUGAUGAUCGUGGAGCUAGAGUCUUUUCACCAGAAGCAGGAGGACUUCCUUCUGGUACUACUGAUGUUGUCAAAAGCCCUUUUCAAAUGCUUCGACAACAGAUCAGCCUCACAGAAAUAAUGAAUACAAGCCGUUCGGAUGCCUCUCAGUUUUUAGAAAAUACAGAAGACACCGGGCUACAAGAGCACACAGAUGAGAACUGCCUUUAUUGUGUCUGUGUCCAGAUACUGGGAUACCAGUCUAAUAACAGAGUGAACUCUUCAUAUACUCAUACAGAUUUUUCAGACAUUCCAUAUCCUGAUUGGUGUGGACAGACCAUCCAUAAUCAUUUAGAUGUGGUUUCUCAUUCCUCAAAGUUUUCUGGGAUUUCAGGCUGUAGUGAUGCCGUAUCCCAUGGUUCAGCUAGUAGCACCAAGAGUACAGAUCUUGUACUAGGGGUCAAAUCUAUCCCAGAUGAUACACCGGUGUGCCGUAUACUGUUGCGGAAAGAAGUCUUACGUUUAGUAAUCAAUUUGAGCAGUUCUGUAGGAACAAAAGGCCAUGAGACUGGGCUCCUGACCAUUAAGGAGAAAUACCCCCAAGCAUUUGAUGAUAUAUGCCUUUACUCAGAGGUGUCCUACUUGCUAGCACACUGCACAUUUCGCUUACCAUCUCGAAGAUUCAUACAGGAAUUAUUUCAAGAUGUACAGUUUUUACAGAUGCAUGAAGAAGCAGAGGCUGUUCUAGCAACACCAUCAAAACAACCAAUAAUUGAUACAUCAGCUGAAUCCUGACCUCAGUUUUGUUUGUUGUGCAGUGUAUGAACUUGUUAAAAGCCUCAGAUGACUUCUGAUUGACUGUAGAGCAGAGAUUAGGAGAAUCAUCUUCUAGACUGUUCCAGAAGUCACUGAUACAUGAAGAGUGAACUAAAGAUAUUUUUUCUCAACAAAUCACUGCCCCUUUCCUCUGAGCCCUUUGGGGAAUCGAUAACAUUACCAUAGUUUUAAUAAUAGUAAUUACCAAUAUAUGCAAGAGCCAAGCACUGAACACCUGCCACAGAUUUUCAUUUUCUUUUUUAACAUGACAUUUAAACAUAGGACAGUCUGCAGAAACAUCUUUUACAUGGUUGACUUGGAAUUCUGUUCCAGGUAAGCAGAUUGGUGCCUUGCAUUUUAACCCUUGGACACCAGACAUCAGGGUACACAAAACUCCUUUCCAUUUUCUACAAUGGAAGCAUGCUAUUACCAUGGAAACCAGGGGAUUAAUAUUGGCCCGUCUGUGUUAGUUUUCUUAAUGUUUGUAACACUACUUGGGGGAUUUAUAAUCUCAGACAGAAAGGAAAGCCUCUAUGAAUCUGGGGUUUUCUUAUAAGUUAUUUUAAUGUCACUAUAGUUGCAAGAGUUCUUAUUUUAUUAGCAGUCUCUCCAGUUUUGUUGCAUUUACUUAUAUGAUGUUAUCUGAAUGAGGUAAGGAUUUUCACUACAGUUUGAUUUGAAAAUGAGAAAUUCUUUAGGUGUAAAUCAACUAAAAUCUGAUUGUUUUCCCUGACCAUUAUGCAUGUAUUCUUUGGAGUUUCUACACUCAUGUUCAUGUAGAAUUAAUGUUGGUCUUAUUCCUAAAUGAUAAUCUCUAACAAGUAUGAUUUGUGUCAGAUGGGGUGAAUACUGUAUCCAGUAACUUGAAAACAUUUGAUCAUUGCUGCUUUUGAGGGAAGACUUAGUAAAUAGGCAGUUUCCAUUUUCCAUGGCAGCAGGGUUUUUUUCUAAAAUGAAGAUUUGCUUGAAUUUUCAGUGUGUGACUGGUCAGUCAAUAGGUAAUGCUAAUAAUUGUAGUGAAAAGCCUUAAAUACCAAACUUUCAAGCAGCAGUACUUUAAUUUUCUAUUGAUAUUCUUUAGAUCUUUUGCACAACUUUUGUGAUACAGUGACUGUUAAUAUGUACAGUAAUUGCCUUCACCCUGUUACUAGUGAGGUUGCUAACUUUGAGCGCAAGAUGAAAAAAGAAAAACCCCAAUCUUCUGAUGCAUCUAGAGACUUGAAGCCUUUUUAGCAAUUAAAUACAAAUAUAUGCAAAUUUGUAUAUAUCGUAGCAUCGCCACCUUUAUUGGAAAGCAUGUAAUGGAAAGCGUUACCCUUUGAUCUUCAGAAGGGUGAGCCAUUCAGCAGAACAGUACUAGGUAGAAAACCGUUUUUAUCCAUUUUGAAAUCAUGCCAGAUUACUGCUUUAGGUGUGAGGAAAUUUAAUCUAAUGGCAUUGCCCCGUCUUAACUUAUUAUCUAUGCUAUUGAAAAUUUCAACAGGUAGCACUCUGAACUAGUAACAGCAAAAGACAGUUCCUGGUGAAAUGUAGAAUUCAGUUGAUCUUAUUGGAAAUUCAUCACGUGGGUGAAACAUUUUCAUCUUGCUUUGUAGAAUUGGCUUCACUGUGUCAUGGUGUGCACUUCAUACCAACAUGUUACAGUACAGUAGUUACAGCGCUAUCAACUGCAGUUCAGAGUCAGAUGUAGUUCUGUGAGCUUUUCACAUGUUCCCACUGAAGGAAAAGCAGAAAAAAAUAACUUUGUUGCCAUUAGUGACACAACUAACAACGUGUAUACAAGACAAUUUGAAAACACCUUGAAAAUAUCACCUACUAAUAACUGUUUGGAUUGCUUUGGUCUUAAGAAAUAAACAUUUCUGCAAAACCAAAAUGUCAACCACAGUAGACCAAAUAGUGGUAUAAACUCCAAAGGAAAUAAUAUAGUAUUCCCACCAAAAAUGGGAUUAGCAUAUCUUAUACAGUAGUUUAAAACACUACCUCAGUUAGGAUAGAGUAUAAGAUAUUUGAGUUAACUCUAGAUGGGGUUACAUCAAAUAACUCCAUGUUUAUUUUUCUGCAGUUAAGGCAAAAUAGAUGAUUUUUAUCACCUGUAUUUAAAAAAAAAAAAUCUGUAUUUGUCACCAGUUUUAUCUAUAGCACUUAAUGUAAAAUGUUAGAAAGGCCUCUUUUUCCCUAAACAAAAAGGAAGCAAACGAAGAUUACAAUGUACUUUUUAAAACGAAUGCUACUCUAACUCCCUUGUGCACCGACAUAUCUGGAUUUCCAUCCUCAAGUGCCUACGUGUCCUCAACUACUCAGUCUUGUGUGGGGAGCCAUGGCAACAAAAAGUUAAUGUGCUAAUCAUUGCUCAAAGUUCAGUUGUAAUGAUAUGAAUUCUUCAAAAUGUAUCCAUAUGUGUAGAUUUUAAGACUUUUCAUAAGGUGCAGGGUCAGUACCAUACAUUUCAUUAGUAAGGCAUUUCUAGACUUAAUUUAUAUUAGAGUCACACUAAUAUUUAGUUUUAAUUGGCAAAUAAAGGGCACUGUAUAAUUUGAAGUAAUUUGACAUUUGGACAAAUGACAUACUUCAUUCCUCAUUUUAGAGUGAAUUUUAAAAAUAUCCCUUUGCAAAGUUUCUCUUUCAAGAACAGUAUUCUGUCACUUUAAAAAGUAUUUACAUUGAAAAGAAAAAAGUAAGAAUCCUAACAUGUAUUUUGAAAACCCUUCCACUGUUUUGGAAGGGGAAGUGAGAGAAGCCAGCAGCACCUCAUCCCAGACAGUUUAUAUCUUUCCAAACCUAAGAUUUGUAAUGCUUUUGAGCAUGUACUAAAACAUACAGCAUUCAUGAACAGUGCAUGCAUUCCAGACAUACAGGACUUGCAUUUGCUGUGAUAAAGAAAACUCCAAAGAGUAAAUGUUACAGCAUAACCAGAACUCUCAGAGGAGGGUGCCUGAAGCACCUUAAUCCAUAUUUAGGCAUCUAAAACAGGCCUGAAUUUCAGAGGUGCUGAACUCUCCUACCUCAGUGACUUUUCAGUGGGAGUUGCAAAUGUUCAUCACCUCUGAAAACAGUCUUUGAAGUGCCUUCCCCUAAACAUGAACAUUUGUGCAUGCUCAGUAACUCGGGCCAUUGCACACACAGUACUUGAAGUACAGAAUAGCUUUCCCUCAGCCAAUAGUCCCACUUCUGGACAGACUUACAAUGAUCAAAACUGCUUUUUCAAGUCACACUAAAAUGGUAACGUGUUCAGUAGCUUACACCUUUGAAAAGCUUAAUUUUUAGGAUGGGAGGACUGGCCUGAAGAGUUGGGUAGGAGUGUUCAGAGGUAAGUUACAUUUCCUUAAAGUGCACACCAGCAGAGCAAAUAAAGGACCAGUCUGAGAUUUUUGUCACUGUACUUAAAUGUAUGCAGUGAACUGGAAAGUAGGUAUGAAACUAAUUUGUUGAGAGAGGGAAGUUGAAGAACAAUAGAAAUGCCUACUCUAGAAAUAGUUCUCAAACAGUUAGCUCAGGGCUGUUCAACUUCUAAGCAACCAGGGGCUGGAUGCUCAAUGGGCUGUACCAGUGGAGGCCGGGGGCCCCAGGGCUGCACACAGCAUGUCCCCCCUGCUGCCCUGCACACCUCUGGGCACUGCCCCUACCCACCUCUCUCUACCCACCAUUGCACUAGGAGCCCCACCUCACCCAAAGCCUCCCCAGCCAUCAAGCCUCUCAAACACCCUAGGCCGUAGGGCUUCCCCAGCACUGCAGGCUACACUGUCCCACCCCCUGGGACAGGGAAGGGGAAGCUGGAAGGAGUGGGAGCCCAGAAACCCAGAGCAAUGCAGCUAGGUGGGAACCUGGGAGCUACAAUUUAACCCCUUGUGGGCUGCCAGUUGGACAGCCCUGGUAACGAAGUGUGAUGAGGUGAAAUUGUCAAUGCUUCCAUUACAGUCUGCACUCGGAUCCACAGUUGUGGCUUUUUAGGUAAAGCACGUUUCUGUAACAAGGUGAAUGUAAGUCUAAGAUGAGGAAUCUUAAUGAAAGAAAGUUUUAUAAGGUUGUAGAAAUGUCUCCUACGUCCUCUCCUUGCUACCCCUCUGGGAAGUUCUGAUUGUGCUUCAUUGCAGAGGCAGCUGAAAGAAGGUCCUAUAAUCAUCUUCAGUGAUGCUUUCAUUACUAUGCACUUACUCAAGGUGUAGUAGUGAGUAGUAAAGGAAUUCUAAGAUUGUAAAAGACCUUUGGGAACAUACUAGAGCCCUUUUAUUUACCCCUGAAAGACUAGUCUUGCAAUUUUGUUUGUUUGUUUUUUUAACUCCUGGCUUUGGUUUCCUAGUUACUUUUGUUCGCACCAGAUUUGUAUGUUCAGUAAAGAAUGUGGAUUUUCUUUGGACUAUUUUUGUAAAAUAGGUGGAUAGCAAUGCCACAGCAUGCAGAAAUUGCACAUUUUGCUUGACUUGCUUUGUAAAAUACACUAUUUAAUUUGAGAAAUGUAAUUUAUGCCAAAAAGUAUAACAUGCCAUUUUGCCACUGAAUAGGUUGUUCUAGCACAAAAUGCAAUGUCUUAGGGGGAAAGGCAGACAUUUUGUAGAAGUAGUUUAAAAAAAAAAUUAAAAAGUUCCAGUACUGGCUGUCAGAAUCCCUAAAACUGCAUUAUAAGAGAUGAUGUAAAUUAAUCUUUUUGAAGAGGGAAGGGAUUGUGAAAAUCUCAAGAGUUAUUCUCCCUGCCUCUAGUGGUCUUUUCUUUUUUUAUUUAGUAAUACGCUGCUACAUAUUUGGAGGAUCUAGUGUUUGUAGGUCACUGAACAAGACAUUGAAAUCUGAUUUAUAUUGUAUACCUGUAACAUAGAAAGAAAAAGUAUUUAUAUAUUUUCCUUAAGAAUAUUUCAUUGAGCUGUGUAUAAUUUAAACAGAGGCUUAUCCCAAAAUGGUUUUGCCCACCUUGAUUUUUUUUUUUUUGUGUUUUUGUUUUUGUAUAGUGUGUACAGUUCAUGUCUAUGGGCAUUAAAAGCCUUCUGAAGCAUAAUCUUAUCAAAGGGAUGCAUUGUUAAUAAAAUGUACUUAAACUUCU